AUGGCAGAAAAUUACAUUUUACAAGUUACAGCCGGUUCAAAAUACGAUGUCAGUACACAUCAGAUUGUACCGGUCAAUCAAGCAAAGACAGUCAGGAUUGAGAAUGAACUUUGCGAGGUGGGUUUGAAUGUCAGGAUCCAAGAUUAUCGCGGACUACCCAAAUCUUCGCCCACUACCUCUCCAUACUUUGCUCUACCACCGCAUGAUAAGAAUAAAGAUCAAUACAGUAUCGGGUUUCGACUCAAACCAAAGAAGGAUAUCAAUGCGGAUGAUUUGGUUUUUGGAAACGAUUUCGAUCAUCCAAUUAGGGAUCGUCUGCCCCCGGGGUUCAACACAGCUUUCAGAAUCGUAAAGUGGAUGGUAGAUCCAGGGUUGGAUGGAGAUGUUUAUGCAGACGAACCAUAUUUGUAUGGACCGGCGGCUAGUUCAUUCAAUGUGCUGUACGUUGGGGAGGGAGGAGAGGGAGAUGAUGAGGAAGAGAAUGCGGGGUUGGUGUUUGAGGAGGGUGGGGAUGAGGAGGGUGAGGAACACCGGGAGGAGUGUGGAAUUCCGGAUGGGGAGGCGGCGAGGAAGAAAUACUUCUUGACAGAGGCCAAUAGGAAAGAGUGGGAUUGGGAAGAGGGGAGAACUUAUGGGUGUGAUUUCUUUAAUGCAUAUCUAGAUUUUAACAAUUUCUCUCUCAAAUUACCAGGAUUUACAAUGCCGAUAAUGAAAUAUUGGGAUGGGCAAGGUCUUCGGAAAGAGCAAAAGCGCUCACAUACGCUCAGAUAUGUAUUGAAAAAUCGCAAGACUGGAGAAGUCUUAUUCGUGGUUCUGUUUACGCUUUAUCUGAAAGAAGACGUGGAUGAGAAUGGGAACCUGAAGGCGGGUGUUGAAGGAGGCAAACCUUUCGAUCAGCUCCCUAAAGACGUUGCUGAAAAACAUUUGAGAGAGAAGAAUGGGGAAGGGGGAAGGGAGAAGGGGGUAGACAAGGUGGAGCAAUCUACUAAUGACGACGAUGAUAGUGAUAUUGAUUGA